GAGACCGAGAGAGAGUGACCGAGAGACACAGACCGACGUCGCCGCCACUGCCCUCAGCGCCUCCGGCAGCUUGAUUUGCCCAACCCACCGGUGUCUCCGGAGGCCCCCUUAACUUUAAAUCCUUGGUCCGUCCUUGUCGCCAACCAGAGUGAACAACAAUGGAGUCAGACUCCAUGGAUUUGAAAGUGAGGGAGCUCUUGAAGGAGGUCACCCUCGACUACUCGCCUACCUUAUCCAAGCACGUUAACGACACCGUUUCAGCCAUCAAAGACGCCAUCGAUAAAAUCCCCGAUGACUUAAAGGUAACAGCAGAUGAAGCUCCUGGUUUUGUGAGAGACAUUGGUGCGGACAAAGUUGAGUUCAAAUUCAAGAAGCCAACUUCUAUUGAAAUUGGUGGGAGUUACGCGAUACAAUGCAUAGUGAAGCCUGAUAUAAAUGUUGAUCUUUUUAUUCGGUUACCAAAGGAGUGCUUUCAUGAGAAAGAUUAUUUGAAUUAUCGGUACCAUGCAAAAAGGUGCCUAUACCUUUCCAUAAUCAAGAAGUACUUGAAAUUUUCCUCAGUUAAGGUUGAAUGGUCUACCCUACAGAACGAGGCCCGAAAACCUGUAUUGCUUGUCUAUCCAGCUACGGAGCUUGUUGGACUUCCUGGGUUUUUUGUAAGGAUAAUCCCUACAACAAACUCCCUGUUUACCAUAAAAAAGUUGAACCUGAAACGGAGCAAUAUACGUGCUUUGACUCAUGGGGGUAUUCCACAGGCUACACCGAAGUACAAUAGUAGUAUUUUGGAAGACAUGUUUUUAGAAGAUACUUCAGAACUUAUUAAGAAGACUUUUCUUGGAUGGAAGGAGUUAGGAGAGGCUUCAAUUUUACUGAAGGUUUGGGCUCGGCAGAGAAGCUCGAUUUAUGUUCAUGAUUGCCUGAAUGGGUUUCUAAUAUCUGUCAUAUUGUCAUACCUUGCAAGUCAAAACAAGAUUGCCAAUUCUAUGAGGGCAAUGCAGAUAUUUCGUGUUACAUUGAACUUCAUUGCCACUGCAAAAAUAUGGAACAAUGGACUCUACUUCAGACGGGAAGGCCAGAAGGGUAUAUCACAGGAGGAAAGGGUUUCAUAUAAAGAAGCUUUUCCAAUUGUUAUUUGUGAUCCAUCAGCUCCCUUCAAUAUGUCAUUUCGUAUAUCAAGGAUUGGUUUCGUUUAGCUCCAAGACGAGGCUACUUUGACACUUAAGUGCAUAGAGAAAUGCAGAGAUGGUGGAUUUGAGGAAAUUUUUAUGACCAAGGUUGACUCUGCUGCUAAAUAUGACUAUUGCAUAAGAUUGGACUUAAAGGGGAAAAGUGAGGUUCAUGCGUCGGGAUUUUGCUUGGAUGAUGAAUGUUGGAGACUAUAUGAGCAGAAGGUGCACAGUCUUUUGAAUCAGGGGUUGAAUAAUAGAGCAAAAUUGAUUCGUGUUAUCUGGAGAAACACAUUGUCAGAAUGCAGUAUAGAGAAUGGCUUUUCAAUAUUAGAUAGAGAGCCAUUGCUUGUUGGAGUUUCAGUGAACUCCAUGGAGAAUGCUUUCAGGGUUGUUGAUAUUGGCCCAAAUGCUGAAAAUAAGCAGGAGGCUCUCAAAUUCCGAAAGUUUUGGGGGGAGAAGGCUGAGCUUAGGAGAUUUAAAGAUGGUACAAUUGCAGAAAGCACAGUAUGGGAAAGUGAGCACUGGAAUAGACAUCUCAUUUUGAAAAGAAUUGCUGAAUAUGUACUUUUGCGGCAUCUUUCUUUAUCAAAGGAGAAUAUUGUGCAUAUUUUGGAUCAACUUGAUUUCUCUCUACUUCAUGGUGUUCGUGAUCCUAUAUCAUUUUCUGGAAGCUUGCUUAAGGCACUUGAAGUUUUAUCAAAGCGCCUGCGUCUUAUCCAAGACAUCCCGUUGAAGGUAUCUAGUGUGCAGCCCUUAGAUCCAGCUUUCAGGUUUACUUCUGUCUUCCCUCCCGAACCUCAUCCACUGGCUAUUGACAAGGGUGAUGUUCCAAGGCUACAAAAGCUCAUGCCAUCCUGCAUUCAGCCUCUGGAAGUUAUGAUUCAGUUGGAAGGCUCUGGGAACUGGCCAAUGGAUGAUAUAGCGAUUGAGAAAACUAAAACUGCUUUCCUUCUUAAAAUUGGAGAGAGUCUCCAGAAUUCUUGGGGGAUGACAUGUACUGCAACUGAGGAUGAUGUUGAUGUUUUCAUGUCUGGAUAUGUAUUUCGUCUUAAAAUUUGGCAUGAGAGGGGCCUGAGUUUGUUGAAAAGGGAAGAUGGAAGUGACCAAUUUAAGUGGGUCAGCUCUAUAGACAAAGAACUUUUUGUUCGCAGUCAGCAUUCUAGCAUGAUUAAUGGAUUACAGGGUCGUUAUCCGCUAUAUGGACCUGUAGUUAGGAUUGCAAAACGAUGGGUUGCCUCACAUCUAUUUUCAUCUUGCUUGGGAGAAGAGGCAGUCGAGCUAUUGGUUGCUCAUCUCUUUUUAAAACCUUUACCAUUUAAUGCUCCUUGCUCUCGCAUCACUGGAUUUUUAAGGUUCCUCCGAUUGCUAUCAGAAUAUGACUGGACCUUUUCUGCUUUGGUUGUUGACAUAAACGAAGAUUUGAGCCCAAAAGACGAGAAAGAGAUAAGUAAUAACUUUAUGUUGACUAGAAAAGGUUACGAAGAAAACAAACAAAAUAUAAGUGCAGCAAUGUUCCUGGCUACAGCUUAUGACAAGGCAUCUGAGGCUUGGACCAGAUUCUCUCCAAACGUAUCGGAACUUAAAAGGUUGGUGGCUUAUGCUAGAAGCAGUGCAAACUUGUUGAACAAACUCAUCUUGCAGGACCAGAUUGAUUCCUAUAAAUGGGAGUGCCUUCUCCGAACUCCUUUGAACAACUAUGAUGCUGUCAUUCUUCUCCACAGGGACAGAUUACCAUACCCCCAACGGCUUCUCUUUCCUUCUGAACUAAACCAAGGGAAGCAUGUCGCUCGGGGGAAUGCUAGCAAGGUUUUCCAACCCUUCAUGUCACCUGUAGACUUUAAGGGUAGCUUAGAGGAACUGAAGAAUAAGCUAUUGGUGAACUUUGAUCCGCUGAGGUUCUUUGUUGGAGAUUUAGAGAAAGAGUUUUCCAACAUGUUCAAGGUGUGGUAUGAUUCUCUGGGAGGAGAUGCUAUUGGCAUAACGUGGGACAGAUUUUCUUCCAAGAAACGGGGUCGAGAGGAAGGAGAAGAUCCAGUUGAUGUAUUAAAAUCCGUUGGUCAAUUUGGUAAAGGAUUUGUGAGGAGUGUUUAUUCCCUGAAGUCUCCAAGGCUUAUGAAUUAACUAUGUACUCAAUGAGUAAUAGUAAAGAAAUCACAAAUAGCGUGUUGUAAGUUUUUUAUUAUUAUUUAUUUUUAAUAUAUAAAUAUUUAUUUAUUUAUAGUUGAAUAGUAUUCCCCAUUUUCCAGUUGACAAAAUAGUUUUGAGGAGCAUUGUGUUGUGAUUUUUGUUUCUUGUUUCUAGUUUUUGGUUGGUUAGAGAAAUAAGAAAUAGAGGGGAAAGAGAGGGGAAGGGGGUACAACUGUACAAGGUUACCUUCCAUGCUGCAUGUACUGGUGACUGCAACACGCAGGAGUUGAAAAAAGGAAACCCUUCGGCAAUAUUUGUGUAUUUUUGCUUUAUAAAAGAAAUAAUUUGAUUUUUUGUAUUAAGCUCUAUUUGAUA